CCUGCAAUCCCUCUCCCAUCCACUCGCGUUACUUUCUCUUGUUAUCACCGUUUCCUUAUUGCUUUCUCCUAUGAGUAGCGAGCGAGAGAGAGAGAGUGCUGGAGGGUGAGCAAGAGAGUGAGAGAGGCUCUAGUGAAUGCGCCGUAAUUUUGACCUGUGUUCCACUGGUUCCAUUAGCUAUUACAGCCCGCAGGCAUGGCUACCGCGUCGGACAGUCAGCAGCAGCAGCAGCCGUAGAGACGUUUCCACGCCGCUGCCGCCGAAGUCUUUUCUCUCUUUCAAAUCUUCCCAGUGUAUUGUCUAGCUCUAUGCCUGCGCAGUGCAAUGGAUUUAAAACCUAUCUGAUACCAACCUGCAGUGGUCAGGCAGGCAAGGCAGCGUUAGGCUACACCGAGGGACCAAUCAAUAUCAUCAGUGGAGUACAGAUCAAAAGGGGAGCUGCUAGAGGGGGAAAAACGUCGCGGAGGAAGGAGGCUGGAAUUAUGAAGGUCUGUCACAAUGUCUAAGGCCACAGUGAAGAAGCUGCACUGGCGCUCCAAGGUGCAGGAGAGUUUUGUUCCCCUGGGGGGCGGGUCUGGGGAGCUGGGUGUGGCCAUCGGUGGUGGGGCCGACUAUGGAGAGUUCCCAUUCGUCACUGCAGCACCGGGAGGUGGGGCCACAGUGGGUGACGUUAUCCUGGAGAUUGGGGGAACGCCUGUCCUGGGAAUGACUCUGGGAGAUGUGAGAGGGGUCCUCAACUCCUGCCCCCAUCCAAUACGUAUCAAAACGGUCUCCCCAGGGUCAACGCUGUGUAAGGACCUCAGGUUGUAUUUGAGUAAGUGUUUCACGCCAGGAUCCAUGGACAGCCAGCUACAGCAGGUCAUCCGAGAGAACCUCUAUCUCCGUGCUGUCCCCUGUACAACCAGACAGCCUCGGGAUGGAGAGAUAUCAGGGGUGGACUACAAUUUUGUAUCUAUAGAGGAGUUCUUUUCCCUGGAGGAAUCUGGUGCCCUGCUGGAAAGUGGCAAGUUCAAGGGGAACUACUACGGGACGCCCCGCCCAGUCCACAUUGGCCCAGAGAGCCCACCAAUCACGUACCAAGAACACCGUAACCUGCUUCGGAACUUCAGGACACGCAGCAAAUCACUCAGCAACCUAGAGAAGGCUGUUGAAGAGGGAGAGAACAGUGAGGAAGACUCUGGAUUGUCAGCAGGCUCAGUAGGUGCCAGCAGUGCCCCGCCCACAGCUCUAGCCAUCAGCCAAUCGUGGGACUCCAGGGAAGGUGUAGUCGUGGAAAAUGGAGGGAGCAGCAUUGCCACAAGGGGAGGAGUGGCACUGCCCGAAAACUGGGAGCUGGCCUUCAGCGACUCGGGAGAGCCUUACUAUAUAGAUCAUAACUCCAAGACCACCAGCUGGCUGGACCCCCGAGCUCAGAGCAAAGAAAUCCUUAGCAAGAACGAGUUACCUGAGUUCACUGACCAGCCGGCGGAGCUGAAGGGCUAUUCCAUCCACACGCGUCUGUCUAAAGGUCCGCGGGGGUUUGGCUUCAACAUAGUGGGAGGAAGCAGACAGAGAGAGUUCCUACAGGUCUACAGUGUGACACCCGGAGGACCACCCGCACUAAACACAGCUGACAUCCUGGUCUACAUCAACGACAGCUGUGUCCUGGGGCUGUCCCACAAGGAGGUGGUGGACAUGCUGAAGUCCGUCCCCAUGGGCCAGAGCGUGGACGUGGUUCUUCGGAGGGGCUACCCCAUGCUCUACAACCCCGACGGCUGCCCCAAGCAACCUCUGACCUCCCCGGCCUCGUCCUCCUCCCCGCUGGAGCCCCUCAGUGCCGCUGCCACGCCCCCGUCCACCGCUGGCGCCCAGGCUCAGGCGCUCCCCGACGCCGGUCCGGCGGAGCCGCCUCGCCCCCACACUGCCGGCUGGGGCAACCUGAACCGGACCCUGUCCCAUCACAAUGGGAACUACCUCAGGGUGAUGGGGGAGCCUGGGUUGGGUUUGGACGCCAACGGGAAUGCCGCAGGUCUGGUCUCUGCCACCCCCGCCCACACACUGUCUAAUGGAACGUCUGGCUCUUCCGCCAGCUCGGCUGGCACCCCCUCCUCUCAUAGCAGGGGCAUUCCUCCCCCACCCCCACCUGAAAGAAAUCCUGUCUCUGUCCCGGAGGGGGGGGCUUCGGGUGGAGUGGCAAAGAGAUCGUCUCUUAUGCGUUUUGGCGGGAACUCCCUCCCCCCCCACUCCUCCAUGCUCCUCCACCAGACCCCAGAAAGUGACAUCUCCUCCUCCACCCUGCCCAUUUCCCUUUCCAAGCAGCCUGCGUCCCAGCCGGAGGUGGGCGGAGCCCCUGUCCAGCGCCCGCCCAUGCCCCAGACCUCCCUGACGCUCCCAGCACCCACAGAAGCCCCUGCCUGUGGCUUCAACGGCUGCCCUGCCAAUGCCCACCUCCGUGGGGGGCAUAGCCCAGCUGGCGAGGGGGCAUCUGGUCUGGCUGGAGGAGGGGAGCUGGUACCCGUGGCCCUGGGGAGGAGUGAGGGGGGAGGCAUGGGGUUUAGCGUCACUGCUGGGGGGCCAUGCGGGCAGACAGCCCUUGUGAAGAGAGUGUGGGACAGGAGGCAGUGUGCCUCCUUACAGCCAGGGGACGCAAUAGUCAAGAUCAAUGGUGCGGACGUGCAAGGUGUCAGCUUCGCUCAGGUGCAGAAGGUCCUCCAGGAUCAUACUAAGCAGGGAGAAGUAGUUCUGUUGGUUUACAGAGGAGGGUCUCUCUGUUCUCCUGUUUCUCCUAACCUCUACAAGCCCUUCUCCUCUCAGCUGGCUCCCCCUUCCUCCGCCCAGGGCCUCCCCUCCCCGUCAGACCAGCCUGCCUCCACCUCCACCUCAGAUGCCUUGGUGCCCCUGCACCUCCCUCAAAACCUCCCCAACCACGGUGGCCUCUCUCCAGCCUCGCCCUCCACCGACGUCCCCUCUCUGGUACAGAGCACCAGCUUCCUGGACUCGGUCCCCGUGACCCUCACUCUGGAACCUAAAGACUGGCUGGGGUUGGAAGAGGGAGGCGCGCACCCGGCAAGGCCUACUGGAGGUGGAGGGGCGGGGCUAGGCGCCAUAGCCAAGGGCCAGGUGGACGGGCGAGGGAGCCUCCCAGGGGUCCGGAGUCAGGAGGUGGAGCUACGAAGACGGACAGGGGAGGGGUUUGGCUUUGUCAUCGCCUCCCAGGAGCUCACCAAUGGUGCCUCGUCCAUGCUGUCCCAUCGGUUUGUGACGGUGCGUCGGGGAAGCCCUGCGGCCCGUUCAGGUCAGAUCCAGCCCGGUGACCAGCUGGAGGCGGUAGAGGGGCGCUCCGUUGUCAGCCUCCCUCACAGAGACCUGGCCCAGCUGCUGAGACGGGCUGGCAACACGCUGCGCCUCACCAUCAUACCGAGAAACACCGCCACCAACACAUCCAGUCUGUUGGAGGGCCCAGAGACGGACACCGAUGGCAGGACAAGGAAAGCCCACAGAGGGAGGCUGAAGGUGAGGCUUCAACAGCAGGACCAGCGGUUCUACAGUGUGGACUUGGAGAGGGGCCCUACGGGGUUCGGUUUCAGUCUGAGAGGGGGCAGUGAGUACAACAUGGGCCUGUAUGUCCUGGGUCUGAUGGAGGGAGGACCCGCUUCCCGGAGCCAUAAGAUACAGGUUAGCGACCAGUUGGUGGAGAUUAAUGGUGACAGUACCACAGGAAUGACCCACAGCCAGGCGGUAGAGCAGAUCCGGCGGGGGGGCCACCGAAUACACCUGGUGCUGAAGAAGGGGAACGGAUAUGUCCCUGACUAUGUGGAGCUGUCCAGUCUGUCUUUGUGUAUGACCAACUCCAAGCAAGGAGAGCCUUGUUUCUAUGUCAUCGGCAGAACAGAGAACACGCGGCCAUGAUCCCAUGGCAGUCUCCCCCACCUCCUCUCCUGACCGAGAGGAGCCGGGUGUGACUGCACUAGAUAAGACACGAUCUCUGCCAAGCAAAGGCGGAAAGGUGGAU